GCUCUCAAAAAAAAAAUUAUCUUCAGUUUUCAUGAACAUUGAACAAAAAUUCAAAAUUUCUCCAAGUUUAUCUUCAUUUCUUUAAAUUUAAAAGUUAAAAAAUUUACUGACGAGGCAGAAGAGCCAGCCAGACAACAACUUUUUUCCUUUUACCCAGAUCAUCUUGUUUAAUUUCAAGUUCUUCGUUACAACUGAAUUUGUUUUCAAUUCCAUCAAGCAAGACGAUGUCUCGUUAUAAAUCACCUAUUCCAGAUCGCUGGUUGGAGUAUACAUCGGUCGGAAAACAGAUUGACGUGACUCCUUUUCUCGCUUUCAAAGUACCUUUAAAAGAUACAUUCUUCAGUAAUGUUUCACCCGAGCAGAAGUUCAGUCCGUCGGAUUUGAUCGAAUCGGUUCCAAAUCUGUCUCUUGUUAUCGAUCUAACCAAUACUCAGAAGUAUUACUCGGGAAAUGACUUCCUUAACAGUGGUAUCGAGUAUAGAAAAAUCUUUUGUCCCGGCCAUCAAAUUCCACCUCGAAGACUUAUUAAAAAAUUUUUCCGAAUAGUAGACGAUUUUGUGAAGAAAACUAACGAUAGCGACGAUAAAGGCCAAGUUCGUUUAAUCGGUGUUCAUUGUACUCACGGUAUCAAUAGGACAGGUUUUUUCAUUUGUAGCUACAUGAUAAACAAAUUGGGGUACAAUUCGGAAAAAGCAAUUUCGGAAUUCAAUUCAGCCCGAGGACACGACAUCGAGCGAGAAAAUUAUUUGAAUGCUCUUAAAGAAUACGACAGCAAUCCGCUACAAUUUCAAUCAUCCGAAUGCGAUGAAACAAGUUCCGCUUACCAUUCCGAUAGCGAAAGUGCAGUUAACGACCUUCCGGGCCCACAAAAAUCAUAUCGUCCCCCGUAUUCGUCCGAAAGCAACAGUUAUCAUCACCCUUACCGUCCAGCCAGAGAUUACCGUAAUAGAAUGCAAGAUCUACCGUUUUCCUAUGGUCAGCCAUAUCGGCAAAAUGCUAAUUUUUACGAGGACUAUCGCUAUCCGAUGGAAGAAAAUCCGCGUUGGCGGAACAAUUAUCGAAGUUCUUUUGUGACGAACUCGAAUUCGUCAAGUUUCGAAGUUAUUGAUCCGUAUUUUCAACGUACAAAUAGAACGUAUAGAAAUGGUAGAAACCGAAGGUAUUAGGUAAUGUUGGUCGUUUUUAUUUAUCGCUGUAAAAGUGGAGCACUAUACCGGGCGAUAUGUUUGCGUAUAUGACACUCGACCGUCCGAUUUAUGGAACAAUAUCUCAUACCUACUCGAGCUUUUGUAGUUGAAGAGAAUGGUUGAUCAGUGACUAUCGUACCCUCGUUAUAGUGCUCUAAUUAAAAGGGUUCCAAUGAACUUUUGUAAUUUUUUAAUAUUUUCGUCAAUUAAGAAAUGCAUAAAUACAUGCGCUAUUUCAAUCAUAA